UUUAUUUGUGACUUAUUGGUGGUUGUGUGGAUUGGGUAUUUUUAUUUUACUUUCCGUGUUGAUUUUAACAAAGGUUGGCGAAACUUGAAGAACAAACGAUGGAGAAGCCAAAUGUAACUAUUUCGGACCAACCUCCACCGUAUUCUGCAACUGUGCCACCUGGUCCACUUCCUCAACCAGCAGCCCAGCCGGCUGGGAUGCAAGGGGGAGCAUACCCACCACCACCUCCUGGUUACACCCCAUAUGCUACAGCGCCACCACCCACUGCAUUUGUACCGAACUACGGAGCUACCAACAUUGUAAUAACUCCACCUAUAAUCACCGUUGGAGCUUGUCCAGCGUGCCGUGUUGGUAUACUAGAAGAUGAUUUCACAUGCCUUGGCAUCCUCUGUGCUAUUCUCUUCUUCCCGCUGGGAAUAUUAUGCUGUUUAGCAAUGAAAAAUAGAAGAUGUUCAAACUGCGGAGCAUUAUUUGGGUAACAAUAACUGGAAUAUUUGUAUCAAGAUGAAGGACUAAGGGUGAAAAAAUAUUCUAUCAUACAUAAAUAAGUAUAAUAGAUUACAUUUUCGUAUUUUUAUACGCCAAAACUAUCCAUAACGUAAAAAUAAAAUAUGUUGGAGGUAUAGCCACAUUGGAAACAGUGACUGAUAAAAAUAUGUAAAUAUUAUAUGUCUGUGAUUAUGCCUAUAUAAUACAUAUGUAUUUAAUUCAAAUAAUAUGUGAAAAUAAAUUGUAUUCUAUAACCAACCAAGUUAACAUUCCAGGAAUUUAAAAAUAAUACUAAAAUUGGAAUUAAUGUUUUGUCUAACAAAGUACUAAAUAGUACAGUAUUCUUUUAAAUGAAGCUUAAAGCUUAGUAAAUAUAAAAAAUACAUUAGGUAUUGCUUUUAUACACCUAUUUUCAUUUUUGUCGCAUAACAUUUUCCUUUUUAAUUGACAACCAAACAUAUUCAAAUAAAUCGUUAUGACUUAUUU